UGCGUCGAUCGGGAUAUGCGUGUGCCGUUUGUGAUCGCAACUACACUCUAAGUGUUUCUGAUGUAAUGGUGUGAUAUGUUGUCAACGGUUGCAACGUUCCAUGGAAAUGACAGCGUCUAUCCGACGAAGACUUCGAAGCGAGGACCGUUGCAAGAGGAGCUCUGCGCAAACCAGACGCAGCGGGACCCGCCCCAUGUACUGACAUCGAAACCGGUCUACCAGGCUGGGGAGACAUUAGAGGCGAACUGCACUUCCAGCCCAGCGCGGCCCAUAGCCCACAUCACUUGGCUAGUCAAUGGCGAACCUGUGGAGGAGAGCCAACUGAGGCGUUUCCCACAUCGGGAUCGAGAGCGUCUGACGGCACAGCUCAUCUUGGACAUUGUGCAACUUAACAUUGGAGCAGAAGGCCGCUUGGAACUCACCUGUCUCUCCACAAUCCCAGCAUUCCUAGAGCCUGAGCAGAGCGAGUAUGCCGACAGAAAGACGAGUUCAGUAACAGUGGACAUCGAAGUUCCCCUGUCCAAUAGUCACGUUGACUCCUGCUGAAUAAUGCUGAUCGUGGGAUCUCUAUUCAUCCUUCUGCGGUGAAGUUACCAGCUCCAGUGCAUCUCGGCCUUCAUAACCUGCUGGUGACCCAAAGUGUUUAGCCCCAUUGCUCCCAUGAUGUGAGAGAACUGUCGUUGUUCACCUCUGAGUUAGUAGGCUGAACGAGUGCAAGUUGCUUUAAAUAUCUUGGACUUUAUCCAUCCUCUAGAUCAGUGUUUCUCAUCACAUCGGACUGGUGGGACGUGACGGUCGGCUUGAGUGGAUGGGCACGAGGUCUCGAAAAUAAGACAUAUUUCAAGUGCAAAUUUCAGUUAUAUUAAAGCCUCUCCCUUUCCCUCUGUUAUGGAAUAUUUUCAUGUAAAAUAUUUUGAAAAUACUCAAGUAAGAAAACACGAAAUUAUUGUAUGUUGUGUUAUUAUAUAAUUUUAACCACAAAAUAUUUUUUUAAAUUCUUACAAUCGUGAAGUUCUCGAGAACUUUUUUGAGUGGUUUAAUAUUACACUACAAUGCACCUCCACGUAUAAGAACAUUUCUUGCCAAAAAGGAAGCCGUGUUCUUGUUCAGGUGGGACAGUAGUUUCUUGGCGGAGAGACGAGUGGGACACAAGCUGUAGACAAAUGAGAAUCACCAAUCUAGAUAUUUUCCGCACCCCGCUUUUGGGGAUUGCUUCUAUGUUGGUCUGCAGGGGAUCUCUAGUGAUAGAAUUACCAACACUUUGGUUACCUCAGAUUAUUGUUGCCUGAAGACAGAAACAGAUGCAACUUCUAAAGCUUACAUAAUGGGCAAGUUCAAGUAUGACAUAUUACUUUCGUAAACAUAGAGCAAUGACAAAUCCAGGUCCUUAAAAAGAUAAUUUUUCCAUAAACUCUGUACUGUCGCAAGUUGAAAUGUACAAGAAUGGAGAACACACUGUUCACUGAGAAAAGGGUUUUCUUGGAAGUACCACAUUUUUAUUCAGUUAUGUAAAGCUUUUCUAUUAAUCUACUCCAGUGAUCUCAGUUUCUAACUCAGCCAAGUGUUUACAGUCGGUAGAAUAUCUGCAGCAUUUCAUGGAGCUUUAAUUUACAUCGUAUCUUUAAGGAUAGAUGCGUAGCACUCUCUUGCUUCAAAGUUUAAAAUAUCUCAGAUAUGUUUAAAAUCUUUUUUUAAUUUACACUCGUCAAUUUGAUCUUGAAUUUUUGUUUGUUUUUU